GGCUGUUGUUUGCGGGGUAUCAGCCAUCGUUGGAGAUAACGUCAUGUGGGCCGGACAACAUUCAUGGAUAACACGUCCUCCGCUGGGAUUUAUUGGCUAUCAAUCUCCAUCACUCCGAAUCUCCAACUCUUCGGUUAUGGUUUCCGGCUGGUGGAGUAGUGCCUCGCCGUUAUAUAACAGCUGCCAUUAGUCUCAAAUUGGGGCUGAUAUCUCUCCUACAACGAUCUCUCCUAUACCACAGCCAAGUUCAGGACCAAGUAACCCAGCCGAAGAUAUGGGCGUCAAAGGAAUUCGCACGGCCUUGAAGGUCGACUUUGAUAAGCAUGCUAGUGAGCAGGCUGGCUUGCACAACCGGUGGCACCCCGAUGUACCCGCCUACGGCAAGAUCGCCAACAACGAAGUCGUCAAGAUCGAAUGUCUCGACUGGACCGGAGGCCAGAUCAAGAACAACGACUCAGCCGACGACAUCAAAAACGUCGACCUCACCCAAAUCCACUACCUCUCCGGUCCAUUCGACAUCGAGACCGCCGAGCCAGGUGACGUCCUAUUAGUAGAAAUCCAGGACGUGCAGCCGUUCGAGGACCGGCCGUGGGGCUUCACGGGCAUCUUCUCCCCGCAGAACGGGGGCGGCUUCUUGGAUGAGCUCUAUCCUGAACCCGCUAAAGCCAUCUGGGAUUUUGAGGGCAUCUUUUGCUCUUCCCGCCAUAUCCCUCAUGUGCGCUUCGCCGGCCUCAUCCACCCCGGUAUCUUGGGCUGUGCUCCCUCCGCGGAGGUCCUCGCGGAAUGGAACCGUCGCGAAGGCGAGCUGAUCGCUACCAACACCACCAGCCGUGACGUUGCCAAACCCCCUGAGCCGCAGAACGUCCACGCCGGUUCCGCCGAGGAAGCUGUCAAGGCAAAGAUCGGAAAGGAAGGCGCACGAACCAUUCCCGGCCGCCCCGAACACGGCGGCAACUGCGACAUCAAGAACCUCUCCCGUGGCUCAAAAGUGUACCUCCCCGUGCACGUCCCCGGCGCCAAGUUCUCCGUCGGCGACCUGCACUUCUCGCAAGGCGACGGCGAGAUCUCCUUCUGCGGCGCCAUCGAAAUGGCCGGCGUCAUCACGCUCAAAUUCACCGUCAUCAAAGACGGCAUGUCCAAACUGGCAAUGAAGUCCCCGAUAUUCCACCCGGGCCCCGUCGAGCCGCAGUUCGGCCCCGGCCGCUACCUCACCUUCGAGGGCUUCUCCGUCGACGAGCACGGCAAGCAGCAUUAUCUCGAUGCGACCGUCGCGUAUCGCCAGACGUGUCUAAGGGUUAUUGAGUACCUUCGUCGGUACGGGUAUAGUGAUUAUCAGGUUUAUUUGCUGCUGAGUAGUGCGCCUGUGCAGGGCCAUAUUGCGGGUUUGGUGGACAUUCCGAAUGCGUGUACCACGCUGGGGGUGCCGAUGGAUAUUUUUGAUUUUGAUAUUAGGCCCGAGGCGGAGGUUGUAAGGGGGGAUAUGGGGUCUUGUGCGUUUGCGGGGAAAUAGCUCGGCUCCUGUUUUGUAGCUUGCCAUGCGUGGUUGAUGUUCAAGAAUACUGUCCGGAGUUUCCUUCGUCUUCA